AUGAGCAAAGUUAAAGCUGAUAUCUUUUAUCAACACCAUAAGCAGCUAUUGAGUGUUUGGAAUAAGCAACCUCAAUACGCCAAUAUCGAUGCUUUUAUUAUUAAAAAUGGUAAAGAUCAAGGUGGAAAUAAAAUCAAAACUUCUGCCAUUUCUAUGUGGUAUUUUGGUUUCGACUUCAUUGACACUAUCCUUUUGAUCACUAAAAAGACUUUUGCCAUUAUUGGUGGUAACAAGAAAAUAAACAUGUUAAAAUCUGUCUAGGAACACGCAGAAGCAAAAGAAUACAAUUUAGUUUUCAUCGAAAAAGACUAAGCAAACAAUUCCAAUCAACUUUAAUAAUUAUUUGAAAUUCUUGACAAAGAUUUGAACAAAUCUAGCUUCAAUAUUGGAACUCUAGCUAAAGAAUAGCAAGUUGGCCCUUUUAUGACUGAGUAUGACUCAUUUAUUAAAGACAAAAAUUAAUAUAAAUUUGCUGAUUGCAGUGUAUUUGUAUAAGAUUGUCUCUCUGUAAAAGAUCAAAAUGAAAUAUCUUACAUUGGAAAAGCUGCUAAAGUUAGUGUCUAUUUAGAGUCUAAAUUGAUAAAAGAAAUUGAAACAAUCAUUGAAGAUGAAGGUAAAAAGACUCACAGUCAAAUUGCUACUAUGAUUGAAGGAUUGAUUGAAAAUGAAAAAGAACUUAAAAAGAUCUCAGAAGAAAUUGGAGGUGAGAGUGACAAUCUUGAUUUGGCUUAUGUCCCAAUUGUCUAAUCUGGCGGCAAAUAUGAUUUAAAACCAAAUGCUUAAUCUAAUGAAGAUAUUCUUUCUUAUGACACAAUUAUUGUUUCAGUAGGUACUAAAUAUAUGGAAUAUCAUGCUAAUAUUGUUCGUACCCUUUUCAUUGACCCAACAAACGACUAAAAGAAGAUUUAUUAGAGAGUUUAUGAGCUCUAAAACUAGAUCGCUGUCUAACUUAAGCCUGGUAUUAAGCUCAAAACUGUUUAUGAAAAUGCAGUUAAUUUCAUUAAUGAGAAAGUACCUCAAUUGAAGGAUAAGAUCCCAGCUAAUUUUGGAUUUGGUAUUGGUUUAGAAUUUAGAGAAUCUAACUUGUACAUUAAUGCUAAAAACGAAAAAGAAGUUGAAGAAGGUAUGGUCUUCAAUGUUGUUGUUGGUUUUGACAACUUGCAAAGUGAAAAGGAGAAAGCUUAUGCCAUACAAAUUUCUGACACUGUUGCAAUUAGAAAGUAAAACACACCCAAUGCUGUCAUGACAUUCAAAGUUUCUAAGAAAUAUGAAGACAUUUCUUACAGCAUUUAAGAUGAGGGUCAAGAUGAAGAAUAAGAAGAGGAAGAAGAUGAUUUAGAAAAGGAAAACAUUAUUUAAGAUGGACGCAGAACAAGAAAUGCCUAUCACAAAAAUACAACUAUUGUUUCAGAAAAAGAAAGACAAAAACACUAACUUGAAUUGAGAGAAGUCAAAUUAAAAGAAUUACAAGAAAGAUAUAAUAACAAUGGAUUCUUAUCAAAUAAGAUCAAUUCCAGAGCUCUUGAGUUAGAUAAGGUCUAGUGUUAUGGUGGACCUCAAGAUAUUCCCAAAGAAUAUAAGAAAAAUUAAAUUCAUAUUGAUGCUGCUCAUAAUGCAAUCUUACUUCCUGUAAAUGGUGAACUAGUUCCCUUCCACAUUUCCUUAAUUAAAAACUACUCUAAAAACGACGAAGGAAAGACUCACACAUUACGUCUUAACUUCCACAAUCCUGGUAGUGGCAGCAAUUUAGCCAAUAUUACUUUCCCUAAGAUUGAUGGCUAAAUUGUCUUUAUUAAAGAACUCACUUUCCGUUCAAAGAACGCUAAAAAUAUGUUGGAAACAAUUAAGAAAAUCAAAGACUUGCAAGCUAAAGUUAAACAAACUGAUCAAGAAGCUAAAAAUAAAGACGAAUUAGUAGAGCAAGACAAAUUACAAUUACGUAACACAAAGAGACCUGCUUUAAGAAAUUUAAAAGUACGUCCUGCUAUUUCUAAAUAAAAAGUAAAUGGUAUGUUGGAAUUGCACUUAAAUGGUUUCAGAUAUAUGACAACUAAAAAUGAAAAAGUUGAUGUCAUCUUUAAAAAUAUAAAACAUGCCAUCUUCUAACCUUGCGAUAACGAAAUGAUUGUUGCCAUACAUUUCAAUCUCAAGAAUCCUAUUAUGAUAGGCAAAAAGAAAGUUUGGGAUGUACAAUUUUAUACAGAAGCUGGUCUUCCCCCAGAGGAUUUAAAUAACAGAAGAAGAGGUCAUGACUACGAUGAAAUAGAAGAAGAAUAAAUGGAAAAAGCUCGUAGAAAGAAAUUAAAUAAGGACUUCGAAGCCUUCUACAAAGAAGUUGAAAACUAGCUUGGAGAUAAAAUUAAGUUUGAAGUUCCAUAUGCCAAUCUCGGUUUCUACGGUUCACCAAGUAGAUCUACUUGCCUCCUUUAACCUACAUAAAAUACCCUUAUGAACAUCAUUGAAUUCCCCUUCUUUAUCAUGUCCUUAGAAGAAGUAGAAUUAGCAUGCUUCGAAAGAAUGAUCGGAAGACUUAAAAACUUUGAUCUUGUCUUUAUUUUCAAGGAUUAUGAAAAACAAGUUACAAGAAUUGCCUCUAUUCCUAUUGAUAAGGCAGAAAUAGUUAAAAAUUGGUUAAACAGCUAAAAUAUAUUGUAUUUUGAAUCUACAAAGAGUUUCUCUUGGGCUAAUAUCUUAAAGACCAUUCGCUAAGAUAUUGGUGGCUUCAUUGAAGAUGGAGGUUGGAAUAUUAUUUUGGGUGAAGAUGAAGGAGAAGAUGAAGAUCCUGAUGAGGGUGAUGAAGAUUUCUCAGUAGAACAAGACGAAGAGGAAGAAGAAAGUGAAGAGAUUUCUGAAAGUGAUGAGGAUUUCGAUGAUGAAGAAAGUGCGAGUGAUUUUGAAGGAGAUGAAGAUCUCAGUGAAGAAGGCUAAAGCUGGAGCGAUCUUGAAGAAAACGCUAGAAAGGAAGAAGAGAGAAGAAAGUAACAACAAGUAAAACCAACAAAGCCUGUUCCUUAAAAAAGAAGAUGA